AUGCAGGUGUAUCGAUGUUUUUUCAGUCUCUUGCUGAUCUCUUCUGUUCUGUUUUCUUUAUCUUGUGCACUCAAUGACCAUGAGGCAUCAUUGCUUGCACGACGACAACUUUCAACACUUGCUGAAAAUGAGUACACAUUUCCUAAUUCUAGUAUUGCGUUAAAGGCAUGGAAAGAAUCUGUAUAUUCUGACCCUUCUGAAUUCACUAGCAAUUGGAAAGGUCCGGAUGUUUGUAACUAUGAAGGCGUGUUCUGUUCGCCUGCCUUAGAUGAUCCUAAUGUCACUGUUGUUGCUGGGAUUGAUCUGAAUCAUGCAUAUAUAGCAGGUUAUUUUCCUGUAGAAUUAGGAUUAUUGACAGAUGUAGCUUUGUUUCACCUAAAUUCCAAUAGAUUUUGUGGAAUUAUUCCAGAGAGUUUUUCAAAGCUUACAUUGAUGCAUGAGUUUGAUGUUAGUAAUAAUCGUCUUGUUGGCCCUUUCCCUAGGUUUGUUUUAAACAUGUCUAGCCUCAAGUAG